CAAGGAGGUCUGAGUGCCAAGAGAAAAUCGCUCAUACACAAAAGGCCAACACAGACAGGGUCGGAUUCGGUGGUGAUGGGCAACCAUUACGUUAAAAUUACCUACAAGCUACUGCUUCCCCAUGGGAAGCGGGCGCAAAAAGACCCAAAUAAUCUCAACGUUGUUCCAAUCGGCCGCCAAGCCUGCGGAAUGCACUCGCAUCCGAAGGGCCUGAUCUGGCAACCCGGAUAUGAAUGCACGCAGCAACAGGAAGUUCUUAAUCCCUCAACCGAGACAUCACAUGGCUUUCAAGCCGGUGAGAUUACCCUUGGGCAAUGUUGACACAAAACAAGGUGCGAUUGAUGAUUCGCGAGGGCUAUUUGAAGGACUUAAAAACCGCAGGACAGCAAGACUCUCGUUCGUGUCUGCUUGAAAUCUGUUCAUCCUGAUAUCCUCCCGCCAUUCAACUUCCUCCUCAAUACAUUCCUCAUGACAUUAUCCGCAUGAGCCCGACAAGCAUUCCAGAUGCCGCUGUCACAGAUGCCUCAACCACCUGGGUGCCCGAGAAGCAGCCAGGUGCCGUCGCCGCAGCGCUCUGUGUUGCAUUCGCAAUCCUAGUCGGCCUCGUGCUCUACCUCUUUGGAUGGAAGAAGAUUAGGAAGUUGAGGCACCCUCCGCCGCCUCCCCCACCUCCUUCUCUGCAUCUAAUAACGACGGGCAAUCACCGCAGUCGACAUGAUCCCCCCGAUCCAUCGACUUUGAGCCCAUACAGCUUGCCCCGGCUACCGAGAAAAGCCCGGAUGCCCAAGCUGACCCAGGGAAAGCUCGAGUCGUUAGCAGAGGUUGCCGAGGCCAAGAUCUGUCCUGUUUGCCUGGAUGACUUUGUCGCUGGAAGUGUUGUUGGGCAGUUGCCGUGCGGCCAUGUCUUUUGCUCAGCUUGCAUCGAGCUUUGGCUCCUUAAGCACUCUUACACAUGUCCUCUGUGCCGCUUCAAUCUUGAAGCAGGCGAAGUGCACGCCAAACCACGAUAAAAGGGCGUGUAGUGAUGGAUCACGAGGCCGCAUACAAGGGACACUAAUUCAUCCAAGCGUGCGAAAUAUAUUGGUAGUAUGGUAAAUUGCUCUCUCUGAAGCCUUGCAACUGCCAUGGCUGUAACUCAUGCUGUAACUGUUGGACUCGGCGUCUCAUCAUACCCAUAUGAUGCCACGAAGAGCGCUAGGCGUCGAUAGGUACUGCAAGAUAACGUUUCAUGCGACAGUCCUGGAGGCAUACUGUUAGGGAAGGAUCGUCGGUGUUUGCCCCUUUAUGUCAGUGGGUGAUGGAGGUAUAACAGUCGACGUAGCUGCAGUCUCUCUUGAAAGCCUUCAAUCUAAGUAUGGCUGCCUGACUUGUUGUUCCAUUCAGCUCAGUGAACAUAGUACUCUAUGAAUAAACAUGCCAAU